GUUACAUUUCCACAGUGGACCAUAGUCUGUGUUUCAUGAUGGGUCAACGCAUGAAACAACUGUAGCAACAGAAAAAAAAAUUAACCAAAAACCUGAUGGUUAAAAAACGAAGCCAUGCUACUUCAAGGGCGAUGCGUUAUGGAUGUAGAUUUUGACGAGUCAAAGUGAACGUUUGCCAUUGACGACUUUUUUUUAUUAUAAUCGGAAAAACGGUUUUAUUCAGAUUUUAUGAUCGGACUGUUUUGAGUUUACAGUCUAUGUAUGACGACAGAAGAUCAUAUUCUUGUUUCCUCUUUCCAAUAACUUGAUCGUUUUGGGGGGAAUAACCUACAUCACGUUGGAACACGUCUAAUCACAUGCAAACAGGCAAUGGAAACAAAGAAGUUUCAAGAGAGUUCUUUGUUCCUGUCUGCACGAUGAACUGAGGACAAUAUAUGUGGGGACAGUAUAUCCCGAGAGAGCCAUGAUUCCGUGGAACAGAGUAUGUUACGGUCCCUGAUGUCUCUCUGGAAGAAGAUCUUCGCCCUGAGCUCGUCUACUUUAUUGUCCAGAGUGUACCGGUCGUCGUAUGAAAGAGAGGACCAAAGCGCAGCGGGGCAGACACUGGAAAAAAAGAGCUCAUUCUCUCUCCGCCCGUCGCCCGACAGCUGGAUGUUCAGAGGGAACAAGAGGAAACAGAGGAGGAGGGAUGUGGACUCUCUCAGCCUGUGCAGCCUGGACAUCAACGAGCCCUGUAACAAGCGGGUGAAGCCUCUUUCUCGGGUUACAUCGCUGGCCAACCUCAUACCUCCAGUCAAGGCUGCACCUCUGAAGCGGAUCGGACAAACACUGCAGCGUUCCAUCAGCUUCCGCAGUGAGAGUCGGACAGAGUCGGUCAUGCCUCCCAGACCAUGGACGCGGCCGGCCCCGCCUGCCAACACCAAGCGGCGUGACAGCAAGCUGUGGAGCGAGACCUUUGACGUGCGGCUUGGACACCAGAUGCUGUCGUCCAAAGAGAUCAAUCGCCAAGAGGCGAUCUUUGAGCUUUCUCGAGGGGAGAAGGAUCUCGUUGAGGAUCUGAAGCUGGCCAAGAAGGCGUACCAUGACCCAAUGCUGAAACUGUCCAUCAUGACAGAACAUGAGCUCAACCAGAUCUUCGGAACCCUGGAAUCUCUCAUUCCGCUGCAUGAAGAUCUGCUGAGUCGACUGCGAGAGGCCAGGAAACCAGACGGCUCCACAGAACAUGUGGGACACAUCCUAGUGGACUGGCUUCCCUGUCUAGACUCCUACAACUCAUACUGCAGUAAUCAGGUGGCAGCCAAGGCUCUGCUGGACCAUAAGAAGCAGGACCACCGGGUGCACGACUUCCUGCAGCGCUGCCUGGAGUCGCCCUUCAGCAGGAAGCUGGACCUGUGGAACUUCCUGGAUAUACCCAGGAGCCGGCUAGUCAAAUACCCCCUGCUGCUCAGGGAGAUCCUCAAACACACGCCGAACGACCAUCCAGACCGACAGUACCUGGAUGAGGCAAUCAACAUGAUCCAGAGCAUCGUGGCAGAGAUCAACACCCAGACGGGCGAGUCAGAGUGUCGUUUCUACAAGGAACGUCUCCUCUACCUAGAGGGCAGCCAGAGAGACCUACUCAUUGACAGCUCCCGCAUCCUCAGCUGUCACGGGGAACUGAAGAACAACAGGGGUGCUAAGCUGCAUGUGUUCCUGUUCCAGGACGUGCUGGUCAUCACUAGAGCCAUCGCCCACAAUGAGCAGCUGUACUACCAGCUGUACCGCCAGCCCAUCCCCGUCAGAGAGCUGCAGUGGGAGGACCUGCAGGACGGGGUGAUACGCCUGGGAGGCUCCAUCAGAGGAGCCUUCAGCAACAACGAGAGGACCAAGAACUUCUUCAGAGUGUCGUUUCAUAGCAGUAGCCAGCUCCACUCCCACUCCUUCCAAGCCAGCGAUGCCUUCAACAAACAGCAGUGGCUCAACUGCAUUCGACAGGCCAAAGGAGCUGCUGAGUCGGCCAUGGGGGUUGUGGGGUUGGGGAUUCCUGUCGGGGUGGAAACCAGUAUCAGUGACCCAGAGCCCCCUCCAAGCCUACUCAGCCCCCACGGCCCUCUGAGCCCUACAACACCUCCCCUCUCAGGACCACUGGCCCCCCAGCCAAAAAGCAUGGACCAUUGCGACAGUGACUCGUCUGUCGACUCUCCAGGCUGUAGCAUGGACAUGGACACAAGCGAGGCUUUGGCCUCCCCCACAGGCUGCCCUGAUGGACCAAACAGACUCUAGUAGUAGCGGGCCACCAGAAGUGUGACCUUCGGGGUGUCAUGGCCUCUCUGGGUUAGAGAGGCUAGAGGCUAAACCUUGGCAGUAUUGGUGGCAACAUGGCAAUGCUCCCUAUAUACGGGAGGGAAGAAAUACACUGUGGAAAAUUGGAGCACUUUUUUUUAUUCUACCCACUUUUUUUCAUUUGUUAGUUUUCUUUGUUGCUGAACUUGGAAGAAAAACAACUCUCAUUCUCUCUUGAGCAUUUCAUUUUUCUAUGAGACUGUGGUGUUGUCUGUAGCAGUGACAACCAUGUAUCUUAGCUGUGACUGUCAGGUCUACUGUAGAUGUCUACCUGGAGACGAGGGAAGGCAGACAUGACUGGGACCACAGGACUGUAUUUUUGUUGUCUCUCCUGAUCCGACUCUGGGCCUCUAGAGACACUGCCAUCACACGUUAUCCCACUGCAGUACUACUGUGGCCUCCCAGAGCUAAGAGAAUACACUGAUGAUAUUCUCUAAAAUAUAAACGCAACAUUUUAAUGUUCCAUACGCACAAAUUUGUUCACAUCCCUGUUAGUGAGCAUUUCUUCUUUGCAAAGGUAAUCCAUCCACCUGACAGGUGUGGCAUAUCAAGAAGCUAAUUAAACAGCAUGGCCAUUACACAGGUGCACCUUGUGCUGGGGACAAUAAAAGGCCACUCUAAAAUGUGCAGUUUUGUCACACAACACAAUGUCACAAGUUGAAGGAGUGUACAAUUGGCAUGCCGGCUUCAGGAAUGUCCACCAGAGCUGUUGCCAGAUAAUAAAAUGUCAACUUCUCUACCAUAGGCCGCCUCCAAUGUUGUUUUUAGAGAAUUCGGCAGUACGUCCAACCGGCCUCACAACCGCAGACCAUGUGCAACCACGCCAGCUCAGGACCUCCAUAUCAGGCUUCUUCACCUGCGGGAUCAUCUGAGACAAGCCAGCAGACCAGCUGAUGAAACAGGAAUAUUUUAGUCUGUAAUAAACACCAUUUGUGGGGGAAAAACCUGUUCUCAGUGGCUGGGCCUAUGCCCAGUCAUGUGAAAUCCAUAGAUUAGGGCCUAAUGAAUAUAUCAAUUGACGGAUUUCCUUAUGUACUGUAUCUCAGUAAAAUCGUUAAUUCUUGCAUGUUGCGUUUUAUAUUUUGUGUGUGUGUGUGUGUGUGUGUGUGUGUGUGUGUUGAUGUAAGAAUCUAGAGAACAUAGUGUUUGCAAUACCCAGUCAAAAUGACCAGCAGAAUGUUUUCAAAGACAAUCAAUAUGUUAUUAUUGUAGUACUUGACAUGGGGUUGCAGGGGGGUUCGUUAAGGACAGGUUACCGCGACGCUGUAAAAGAGGUUAAAGGUGUUCACCUCAGAAUCUUCCCACAUCUUGGCCAGAAUUGAAAGCUAUGGUGUUCCAUAAGUCUGGAACUGGCAAUUCUAGAACAGGCCCCAUAUACGGCCUCUUGGUUGUGUAACCUAGUAUAAACACAUGUCACUCAGAGGGGAGAGCUGUUGGUGGGGUUUGAUUCAUUUCAUAAUCGAUUGUGUUUAUUUAAAUCUCUAUAAAGUAAAUUAGUCUGAAGUAAACACAACAUUAAAUUAUUACAUGAAUUUACAAAUUAUGUAGAAAGACUUCAACAGAUUCCAUAGUUGAGCAGUUAGACGUAGUCGAUCUCUACUAGAUUCGGUAAGAAGUGGGAAACUUAACAUUUUACAGCAAGUAAAGAACCCAUCCUGGAGGAAGCAGGAUUUUCCAUGGUGUUAAGAGUCAAUGUCUUAAAGAUACAUUUUGGAUUAAAGCCAGUAUUGAAUUUAA